GGGGCCUCUGGUGCCGGGCAGGAGCGUCCGGGCGGUGCCCGCAGGUGGUUACACCGCACACCGCUGCCUCUGUGCCACUCAGGCUUCAGCCGUGCCCCCUUAAGAACGUGGAUGCAAAGUGAGGCGUAUUGCAAAUUUAACAGUGGAGAAACGGAGGCAAAGCUGUCUUAAAGCAGCGUUCUGGUGGGAUUGUGGUCAUGUCCUUGCCUGGACCAGGAUAUGCGAAUCAGAAAGUACUGUGUUGUCUCCCGGGUAUAUGAGAAGUCACUGUGACCCACAGAAACCAGCAGGAAAAGUACUAUAAAAUAAAUAUGGCACCCAUUCUAGAUUGGAAGAAACUUAUGAGAGUAGAUCCAGAUGCUCUGCCUCAUCAAGAGGAACUGGCAGACGGAUUGCUUGAGACCCUGUCCAAGGUUGAUGGGAAAGACUUGAAAAAUGAAACUCCUGAACAAUUGAUACAUCUAUUUAAAAUUACUCAGUCACUAAUGAAGAUGAAAGCUCAAGAGGUAGAGCUGGCGCUAGAAGAAGUUGAAAAAGCUGGGGAAGAGCAAGCCAAAUGUGAAAAUCUGUUCAAAACAAAGAUGAUGAAGCUGGAAAGUGAAUUAAAGGUGGCACAAAGUUCAGCUGGUGGUCGUGAUACUCGUUUUUUGCGUGAUGAGAUCCGCCAGCUGGAGAAACAGGUAGAACAAAAGGAGAGACAGUUAAUAGAUUUAGAAAAGGAACUGGAAAAAGAGAAGAAAGUGAAUGAACAGCUUGCUCUUCGAAAUGAAGAUGCAGAAAAUGAAAACAUCAAAUUAAGGAGAGAGAAUGAACAAUUGCGUCAGGAUGUAGUUGACUAUCAGAGGCAAAUAGAUUCUUAUAAAGAAACAGUUCUGUCACGAAGAGGAGAUGAUUCUGAUUACAGAUCUCAGUUGUCCAAAAAGAACUUUGAGCUUUUCCAGUAUUUGGAUGAAAUUCAGAAUUUGACUGAAACUAAUGAGAAGUUAGACAUUCAAAACCAAGAAAUGAGAAAGAAUCUUGAGGAAUCAGUGCAAGAAAUGGAGAAGAUGACUGAUGAAUAUAACAAAAUGAAACUAAUUGUGCAACAAUCUGAUAUCGUUAUGGAUCAGUUAAGAAAGGAGAAAGAACAGUACAAAUUUCAAGUUCAGGAGCUUUCAGACCAGCUGAAAGCAAAGAAUGAGGAAGAUGAUCCACUCAUGGCAGCUAUAAAUGCAAAAGUUGAAGAAUGGAAGAAAAUCUUGGCUUCGAAAGAUGAUGAACUCCUAGAAUAUCAACAAAUGUUGUUUAACAUGAAAGAGGAAAUGAAAAUGGCCCGACUUGAUGUAAAUAGAAACAGUAUACUGUCCCUUCAGCAGGGUGUGCAAGAGCGAGAUGCUCAGAUAAGACUGCUUACUGAGCAAGUGGAACAGUAUACCAAAGAAAUGGAACAAAAUGCAUUUCUUAUUGAGGAAUUAAAAAAUGAUCUCCAAAAAGAUAAAGGUCUCUCAUCUCUUGCUCAGCAGAAUCGUCUAGGUGAAAUGCAAGAAAAAUUAAAACUGCUAGAAGAGAGAACUAAGGAGGCUGAGAAAUCAGCAGAACUAGCAGAAGCAGAUGCAAGAGAAAAGGAUAAAGAGCUUGUUGAGACUCUGAAACGAAUGAAAGACUACGAACUGGGAGUAUAUGGUUUGGAAGAGGCUGUUGCUGAAAUAAAGGAUUUAAAAAAGCAAAUUAAAAUACGAGAUCAUGAGAUUGAAAUGUUAAUUAAGGAAGUCAAUAAACUUGAACUUAAAAUAAAUGAUUUUCUUGAUGAAAAUGAAGAGCUUAGGGAGCGCUUAGGUCUUGAGCCAAAGGCAAUGAUUGAUUUAAAUGAAUUCAGAAACAGCAAAACACUAAAACAGCAGCAAUAUAGAUCUGAAAACCAGAUUCUUUUGAAAGAGAUUGAAAGACUAGAAGAGGAAAGAAUUGAACUGAAAAAACAGGUUCGUAAACUGGCUCAGGAGAAAGGAAGAAGAGUUGCCACAAGAGCACUGGAGGCUGGUGAUGUGCAGAUAACAGACAGCUUCACUGAAGAGAAGCAAAUGACUAAGAGGAAAUUAGAUUUCUUGAACACACAUAAUAUUGCUGAAGUAAAGGCAAAGAAUGAGUAUCUUGCAAAUGAGUUGAGUGUGAGAGAGAGAGAUUUGGAAAAGAACAGAACUACAAUAGUCAAAUUUCAAUCUAAACUAAAAGAAUUAUCAGAAGAGAAUAAACAACUUGAACAAGGAAUGAAAGAAAUAUUGCAAGCUGUGAAAGAAAUGCAGAAGGAUCCUAGUGUGAAGGGAGGAGAAACAGCCUUAAUAAUCCCUAGUUUGGAUCGUUUAGUUAAUGCAAUUGAGUCAAAGAACACAGAGGGAAUCUUUGAUGCUAGUGUGCACUUGAAAGCUCAGGUUGAUCAGCUUACAGGACGAAAUGAAGAACUAAGACAGGAACUGAAACAGGCUCAGAAGGAGUCAAUAAAUUUCUCUAAUCAGCUGGCAAAAGCAAAUGAAAAGAUUGCGCAACUGAAUAAUGAAAUUUGCAUAUUACGUCAAUCAGAUUGUGCCAAUAUUAUUUUCAAAACAGUGAAUCUUCCAGAAGGGAUGGUUCCUUCAAGUGUUAAUAUGAUUAAUUCUUUGAAUGAAUAUUUAAUACGUCUUAUACAGGAACUGGAAAAUAAAGAACAGUUACUUAAACAACUAGAAGAUGCAGUAGAGGACUAUAAACGAAAAUUUGCAGUAAUUCGUCAUCAGCAAGGCUUGCUUUAUAAAGAAUAUCAAAGAGAAAAGGAAAGCUGGCAGAAAGAAUCAGAAGAAAUGAAAGAGGCAAAGAAAAAGCUGGAGGAGCAAAAAGAACAAGAUGCUACAAAAAUAAAGGAAUACUCUAAUUUACUCAGUGCACUUGAGCUGGAUCCUGAUGAAACAAAAAAAUGGCUUGCAGAAAAUAAUAGAAAAAUAACUGUUUUACGAGUUAAUGAAAAGUCAUUAACAAGGCAGUAUACCACUCUUCUUGAAAUGGAACGACACCUUAGAAAAGAAAAUGAGAAACUGAAGAGUGAAGUGACACACAUGGAGACUGCAGUUGCAGGGAAGAUUGGACAUUUGCAACGAUUCAAGGAAAUGGCUAGCUUUAAGAUUGCAGCUCUACAAAAAGUGUUGGAUGGUAGCGUUCCACUGUCUGAACUAGAACUGGCUAAUAAGCAAUAUAAUGCAUUAACUGCUAAAUACAGAGAUAUGUUACAAAAAGACAAUUUGCUCGUCCAGCGGACAACAAACAUGGAACACAUGGAGCGUGAAAAUGAAUCCUUAAAAUCACAGAUAAAUUUCUUGAAUAAGGAACUGGAAAUCACAAAAGAGAAACUUCACACAGUAGAACAGGCUUGGGAACAAAUGACUAAACUGGGGGAUGACAGUGCCAUGGACAAGGCUACAAAAGCAAUAACCAACAGUGAGAUUUCAUCAAUUUCUAAGAAAAUUGCCAUGUUGGAAAUGAAGGAACUAAAUGAAAGACAGAGAGCAGAACAUUUGCAAUGUAUGUAUGAACAUUUAAGGAAUACUUUAAAGCAAGUAGAAGAACGCAAUUUCGAAUUGGAAACAAAGUUUGCUGAGCUCACCAAAAUCAAUCUUGAGGCACAGAAAGUGGAACAGGAAUUAAGAGAUGAACUGUCAAAUAGUGUAAGUAAGGCAGUGAGUGAUGCAGACAGACGACAAAUCAUGGACCUAGAGAAGCGUGAGAUGGAGCUCAAGAUUGAAGUAUCAAAAUUGAGAGAACUGUCUGAUGUUGCAAAAAUGCAAGUUGAAGCUCUAGAGGCACGCCAGCAAUGCAGAGAGAAGGAAGUGGAAUCUCUUAGAAUGCAAGUUUUAGACUAUCAGGCACAGUCUGAUGAAAAAGCAGUUAUUGCAAAACUGCAUCAGCAUAUCAUAGCCCUUCAAAGCAGUGAAUCUAUUGCUAUAGGCAAGCUGGAGACUCUAAAAUUGAAACUAAAGAAGGUGGAAAUCCACAACUUACAUUUAGAGCAGAAACUUGAUGACAGAGAGCACGCCUUAUAUUUUGCCCGACUGGAAGGAAGGAAUAGAGCAAAACAUCUACGACAGACAGUUCAGUCUUUGCGGAGACAGUUUAGUGGGGCUCUACCUUUAGCACAACAAGAAAAAUUCUCUAGAACAAUGAUUCAGCUACAGAGUGACAAACUGAAAAUCCUAGAAGAAGUUCAGCGUGCCCAGCAGGACCGACAAAAUGCAGAAAGCAGAGCAAUGGAGGUGGAGUUGAAGCUGAAAAGUUUAGAAGAAUUAUUAACUGCAUUGAAGGAUACGAGAGGAGCUCAAAAGGUAAUAGAAUGGCAUAUGAAGAUGGAGGAACUCCAUCUGCAGGAACUUAAACUCAAUCGAGAAUUAGUUAAGCAAAAGGAAGAAAUGAAGUAUUUGCAUAACAUAAUUUCGGAGUACGAAUGCACAAUCAAUAAUUUGGAAGAAGAAGUUGUGCAGCAGAACAAGUUUCAUGAAGAAAGGCAAAUGGCAUGGGACCAGAGGGAAUUAGAAUUGCAGCGCCAAUUAGACAUAUAUGAUCAGCAACAGAAUGAAAUACUUAGUACUGCUCUAAAGUGUGAAGAGGCCACAGGAUCAGUUCCAGACCCUAGUUUGCCCCUCCCACGACAACUUGAGCUGGCUUUGAGGAAGAUUCAGGAGCAUAUUCAAAUAAUUGUGGAAACAAGGGCAACCUGCAAAUCACUAGAGGAGAAAUUAAAAGAAAAGGAAGCUGCUCUGUGGAAAGCUGAACAAAACGUUUUAUCCAGAGACAAAGUUAUAAAUGAACUAAGACUUCGGUUGCCUUCAACAUCAGAAAAAGAGAAAAUAAUAGCUGAAUUAGGCAAAAAAGAAGAUGAUCCAGAGUACCAUCAUGCAAUAAAAAUUGCUCAUCAAACUAUUGCAAAUAUGCAAGCACGAUUAAAUCAGAAGGAGGAAAUGUUAAAAAAAUAUCAAGAUCUGCUUUGUAAAGCAAGAGAGGAACAAGAGGAAAUAGCAAAGAAACAUGAAGAAGACAUUAGAGUUCUACACCAGAAGUUAGAUUUGUGUACUGAGAAUUCUCUUAAUAAAUUGAAACAGACAGCUUUGGAGCUAAUGGAAAAGCCUUCUUUAUCACUUGACAGUGACAAACACUUCCUCCGUUUAGCUGAAAUAGAGCAAACUGUAGUAGAACAAGACAAUUCUCUUGCUUCACUUGUUGGUAAAUUAAAGAAAACAUCAUCUGAUUUGGAAAAACAAAAACAGAUUACUGUAAUGAAAAUCAAAGAGUUUGAGACUAUCAGAACCCAGCUUCAGGAAAAGCACACAGUUGAUGUGGAACAACUGAAAGAUGAAGCAAAUGGAUUGAAGAAAGUGCUAUUUCACAAGGAGAAGGAAUUAGCCAAUGUAAAAGCUGAACUAGAAGCUCAAAAAGAAGCAAAUAAUAGAGCACCUACAGCAACAAUGAAGAGCCUAGUGGAACAGCUGAAGAACCAGUUAGCCCUAAAAGAGAAGCAGCAGAAAGCUUUGAGUAAAGCACUUUUGGAACUUCGAGCAGAAAUGACUGCUAAUGCUGAACAGCAGAUUAUUUCUGCAGCAUCACAAAAAGAGGCAUAUAUGAACGUCCAGGAGAUUGUUGACAGAGAAACAAAGGGGCUCACAAUACAGAUAGAGGAAUUAAAUAAUCAGAUUUCAAAACUUACAGAUAACCUUAAACUAAGUAAAAACAAGGAGAGUGCUUUGUUAGAAGAAAGGGAUGAGCUGAACCAAGAACUUCAGAGGAAACAAAAGGCAUUUACUAAAAUGGUGAGAGAAAAAAAUGAGAUCGAAAUGGAAAAUAAAGAACUGAAGAAACGGAUCAGAAGGCUAACCAGUGGUAUUCAGAACAAAGCUGGUGAGCAAAAUCUGAUCGAUGAACUUCAGAAAAAAGUUAAGAAGUUAGAAAAUGAACUUGAGAAGAACUGUGAAGAAACAGAAAAAAAAAGUGUAAAAGAAGACAAGACCUCGAAAGAGGAAAUAAUUAGAUGGGAAGAAAGUAAAAAAUGGCAAAUCAGAAUGGAAGGGAUGCGGAACAAACUUAAAGAAAAGGAAAAGGAAACCGAUACUUUAGCCAAACAGUUCAGUACAUUGAAGGAACUUUAUUCCAAGGCUGAAAAAGAGAAAAUUACUCUUCAGAAGAAACUGAAAAAUACUGGUGUUACUGUUGACCGUGUUGUUGGAGUAAGAGCCUCAGAGAUUGAAAAAGAACUGGAAGAACUAAGAAAACAGAAUCUAAAUUUAGAAAAUGAAGUUGCUCAUUUGAGAACACAGCAAGCAAUCCCACGAGAUUCUGUUGUAGAAGAAUUACAUUUAAAAAAUCAGUACCUCCAGGAAAAGCUUCAUGCAUUGCAGAGACAGAGUUCAAGAGAGAUGUAUUCUAGGCCUUCGACAUCAGGAGUAGGAUCAGAUGAUCAAUAUCAAAGAGAACAGGAGGUUCUAAAGGAAAAUCUAAGAUUAUCGUCUGAAAACAUGGAGCUAAGAUUCCAGCUAGAGCAAGCCAACAGAGAUUUGCCAAGACUAAAGGACCAAGUGAGUGACUUAAAAGAAAUGUGUGAACUUCUCAAAAAGGAGAAAGCAGAUGUUGAAAGAAAACUCAGCAGUGUUAGAGGGGCUGGCAGAAGUGGAAAGACAGUCCCAGAAUUGGAAAAAACUAUUGGUUUGAUGAAAAAGGUUGUAGAGAAAGUCCAAAGAGAAAAUGAAGAUCUGAAAAAAGCUCCAGCUGUGGUUUCUAAUGAGAAAUUACUUGGUCUUGAACAGGAAAACGAGAGGUUAAAGUCUGAAAUGAAGAAAAUGAAACUUCAUGUUGGGGGCCAGCUGAGUAUGCAUUAUGAAUCUAAAACCAAAGGAAUGGAAAAAGUCAUUACUGAAAAUGAGAGGCUACGUAAAGAGCUGAAAAAGGAAGCUGACAGUGGAGAGAAGCUACGAAUAGCAAAGAACAAUUUGGAGAUAUUAAAUGAGAAAUUAACUGUACAGCUGGAGGAAGCCAUUAAGAGGCUGAAUUUGGCUGAGAGCACAGGCCCUCAGCUUGAUGAAGCUGACAGGAAAAUCCGGAAAUCGGUUGCUGUAACAAGGAUGCAUGAAACAAAGAUAAAGGAAUUGGAAAUGGAUAUUGCUAAAAAAACCCAAAGCAUUACUGACCUUAAACGGCUACUUCAGGAGGCAACAGAACGUGAACACAACGCUGAUAAAAACUUACAGGAUCUAAAAGAACAAAUUGAGCUUCUCAACCACUUUCCUGAAGGUGCAAGAACAGAGCAAGGCCUCAUCAGGGAGCUUCAGCUUUUACGAUUAACUAAUAAUCAAUUAAAGGAAGAAAAAGCAGAACUAGCACGCCAGAUAGAAGACUAUAAGCACCACAUACACACGUACACAAGCAAAGGUCCUGCAGCUGGAAAUAAUGAAGUUGCAAAGAAGGAUAAAAACGAUGAGUUAACGACAGAAGUAGCUGACCUCCAGGCACAGCUGAAAGCCUCAGAGUUGGAGAAAGAGCAGUUAAAGGAAGAAACAAAAAAGUUGAGAAAAGAACUGGAAAACUUCAAUCCUUCCUUUUUUGAAGAAAUUGAAGAUCUGAAAUACAACUAUAACGAAGAAGUAAAAAAAAAUAUUAUUUUAGAAGAAAGAUUAAAGAAGCUGUCUGAAGAGUUUGGCAUACAAGUGGAUAGCCCAGCCAAUACUGCUGUUGAUUAGACAUUUUGUUUCCUCAGCAUUGCUAUGGAAAAUAAAUUCUAGGGCAGUUAUAUAAUACUGAUUUGUCUAUUAUUCCAGGAUGAAAAAAAAAUAUUGAAGUCAUAACGGUUUGGCACGUUCUGCAGCUUGCUGGAUUGGAUUAGUCAAUGAAUUGUGGUCAGUAUUUAUAUGCACCAGUCAAAAUGAAAACCAAUGUACCUCCCCCAUCUACUUUGCAAUAUUAUUCAGAACAGUAAUUGCAGUAAUACACAUUCUUAAGGAAAAGUCCAUGUUUCCAACUCCUAACCACAAGUACAGAAACUCUGAAAGCACUUUAUGUAUGGUAAAUUCCAGAUCAACAAUACUGUAAUUUAUUCUUACUGUCUUGCAUCUCAACACAAGACAGUGUUGUUGUCGUCUCUGUUCUUACAAUGUUAUUUAUUUUUACCUCAAUUGUAGAAAAUUCAAGAAUAAAGAAUGGAAAACAUGCCUGCAGAACAUCAGCCAAACUAGCAGUAUUUUUGUAGAUAAAUGUACAGCUACUAUGUGAAAUUUUUCAUUUUGUAUACUUUUUAUAGAUAGAUACAUAUUUUAUAGUGCAAAUAAAAUAAAGACCAAUCAAA